GGCAGUGCGGCGGAAUGGAUCGGUUCGUGGUGCGUCGGCCCCGCUGUCCGGAGAGCCCCCGUCGGGCCGGGCCGGCUCCCCGCGCCUACCGACAGGCCACCCUCGAAUCCCUCAAGAGAGUUGUGGUUGUGGAAGACAUAAAACGAUGGAAGUCUAUGCUUGAGCUUCCUGGGCAACAGAAAGAGCGUCUGAUGGAAGCUUUGGAGGAGCUGAAGAAGAAAAUACCUUCCAAGGAAGUGUUACUUUCAACAAAAAUAGGUCACACCGUGAACAAGAUGCGCAAGCACUCGGAUCCCGACGUGGCCAGCCUCGCCAGAGACAUCUACACAGAGUGGAGAACCUUCAUCAGAGACCAUUCCAACAGGCCCUCAAUAGAGGUCAGAAGCAAUCCCAAGACCGAGGCUUUCCGGAGGAACGCGCGGAAGCUGCUUUGUGAAGCCCUGGAUCUAGAGGUGGAUCACCCCCUGGCCGAAGCUCUGGAGCAAGAGGUGUUCCAGGGCUGCUCACGCCUGGUGAGCGUGCCCUACCGCCGCACCGUGCGGGCUCUCAUCUUCUGCCUGAGGCACCGGCCUGAAACCCGGGCACAAGUCAGGGCUGGCACACUCCCUGUGCCUGCCUUUGUGCAGAGCCAGAAAAAGUAAGGUGUCCUGCUUGAUCCUGGGGGAGAAUUUCAUGUGCCUGUGUCUCCGUGGGACCGGGAGCCUCUCCUGCGGUGUGAGUGCUGACAGCGGCGGAUCACUUGGCACCACUCUGUGAGCAGGGCUGCUAAGACAAGAGCUGCUCAUGGUAAAAGUGGGGCUGUAAAUUGGACUUGAUGGAGUUCUACCUGGGCUCGUUGCAAGAGAAGUUUAUUCUCCUAUGCUGACUAUUCUCCUGCUCCAGACCCAUCCUUGAU